GUAGAGUUUGGAAAGGACAACUAAUCUGUUUUCCAAACAGAUUUUCAUAAAUAACUGACAGGAGAUGGGCUGCUUCUAUCAAAGUAUUAACCCAAGUGAUGGGGGUUAAUCAUUAAACCUUUUAGGUGGUGGCUUGCUUCUUUGUCUCAUAUUCUAAUCCGGGUCACAGAAUGGCUAAGGCAGCUUUAAGUGAAGGGUGAAUUUUUUUUCCUUCCGUUUGCCUUGUGUUUUCCACUCUGAAAGAAUGUUGUGGCUGCUCUUUUUUCUAGUAACUGCUAUUCAUGCCGAUCUCUGUCAACCAGAUGCAGAAAAUGCUUUUAAAGUGAGACUUAGUAUCAGAACAGCCCUGGGAGAUAAAGCAUAUGCCUGGGAUACAAAUGAAGAGUAUCUCUUCAAAGCAAUGGUGGCUUUCUCCAUGAGAAAAGUUCCCAACAGAGAAACAACUGAAAUUUCCCACGUCUUACUUUGCAAUGUAACCCAGCGGGUGUCGUUCUGGUUUGUGGUUACUGAUCCUUCAAGAAAUCACACCCUUCCUGCCGUUGAGGUACAGUCAGCCAUCAGAAUGAAUCGAAACCGGAUCAACAAUGCCUUCUUUUUGAAUGACCAGACUCUGGAAUUUUUAAGGAUUCCUUCCACUCUUGCACCACUUACUGACCCGUCUGUGCCCAUCUGGAUUAUUAUAUUUGGUGUGAUAUUCUGCAUCAUCCUUGUGGCGACCAUGCUAUUGAUUUUAUCAGGAAUCCGGCAACAUAGAAGGAAGAACAAAGGACCAUCUGAAAUGGAAGACACUGAAGAUAAGUGUGAAAACGUGAUCACAAUUGAAAAUGGCAUCCCCUGUGAUCCCCUGGACAUGAAAGGAGGGCACAUUAACGAUGCUUUUGUGACAGAAGAUGAGCGGCUCACCCCUCUCUGAAGGGCUACUGUUUUGCUCCCCACCUGAAACUCAACACUUGUGUCUGUGCAACUGCUGAACAUCACAAUUAAUCGAGUCAAGACUAUGUAUUUUGUUUUCAUCACUCUUCUUUUGUAAGAAGUUUGAAUGUGCGUGAAAUGAAAAGGCAAUGACUUAUACCCAUGAAGACAAUUGGAAUCAUAAGCUGCUGACGAUUCAAAAUAUUCUAAAAUAUUUCCCUGACAAUACAGUGUAUAAGUAUAGUCAUCUGGCAUUUGCAGUUAUUGAUUUUAAAAAUAUAUUAGUAUUUAAGCAUUUCUAGUCAUAAGGUCAGGCCAGCAUAUAUAUAUACAUAUAUAUAUAUAUCUCACACUUUUGAAGACCUAAGGAAAAAAUAAUUUUACAAUGGAGAAUGCCUAUAAUAUGGUGUCUAAAUCAUUGAAAGUGGAUCCUUUUAAAUAUCAUAUCACUCUGUAUAUGAUUAGAUAAGGAAGAAUAACAAUUACUGUAAAUUGGAUGGAUAAAAAUGGGAGUGUUGAAAUACAAGGUGGAACUUGAUCCUGUUAUCAUACCAACAAUUGCUUAUAUAUUUUUUCUAUCAGUCUCUAAUAGGGCAGCUCUGCAGUUUGUAAAAGUACAGUCUGUGCUAACUUAAUAAAGUACUAAUCAUCUCUGUUUGAUUAACUGA